UCCGUCUCCUCCACCUGCGUGCUGUUGCAGCACAGCAGUACAGUGAGCGUGUCCUGACUACACCCCAGGACAGAUGCCAAUUUCACACUCUCAUAAAACAACCACCUUCUUGCCUUUUCACCGCUAGGCUCAAAAUCCUCGCUUUUUUAUUGCGACAGGUAGAUUUCCUAUUAACUAAAGUUGCUAACGAUGGAUUCUAAGCGAGAUAAAGAGCAAGAUGCAGACGUAGAGAAGAUAACAGCUGUGCUGCUCAAGUCGCGAACAGGGGAGUUCGACUUGGAGUCGAUAUUGUUUCUUAAACUGAGAGGUCUUGGAAUACAUGACCUUGGAUGCAUCGGGGAGUGUGUAAACCUAGAAAGACUGGACCUCUCUGGAAAUAACGUGUCUAAUAUUGCUCCUCUGGCAUCACUUCGACUUCUCUCUGUACUCAAUUUAUCUGCCAACAGAAUUUCCAAUAUAGAGCCCCUGCGCAGUUGUGAGUGUUUACAGAACUUAAAUCUGGCUGGCAAUAUCAUCUCUAGCGUUGAGAACCUUCACUGCCUUCAGUCUUUGAAAAAGCUAGAAAAUAUACGUUUCAAAGACAACACUUACAAUUACUCCAAUCCAGUGUGCAGGAACUCAUCGUUCAGAAACGUAAUUCUUGAGAUGUUUCCAAACAUCAAGGUGCUAGAUGGUGAAAGAGUUGUUGGACGUGGCAGUGACUUGUACCAACUAUGCAAAGACAUUGAUGAAACCAUCAAAGCUGGAUUAUACAAGAAUGGACAGCUUGUUGAACACACUGAUUGCAAACCUUGGGUGGAGGAUAGUUACUGGGAGAUAAAGCGAUCAAACAAUGCCAUUAUUGAUGAAGCCUACAAACAGUUUGACGAUGUCCUUCAUGAAUGCAGACUCCUCAACAACAGAGCUACCCAUGUUAUUUCACAAACUGAAAGGUCAAUGAGCCUGAAGAAGCAGCCGAAACAGUACGCCAUCUAAGUGGGAACAUAUGGACAUUUGUGUGCAACGUUUAGCAACUUUUGUUGUAUAAUGACCCAUGCCUAAUGUACCAUAGGUUUUUCAAAUUGCUAAGCUAUAUCCAAAUGCUUGAUAAGUAUCAUUACCAGACGCACAUGCUUUGUGCUGCAGUGUGAGGCAUUAGUUGACUCUCUGUCACAUCCUAUGCAUUGGUUUACAAUGAUACAUGUAAGUGGUUUGGAAACCUCUGUCCAUACUGACACCCUUCAGUUUGGUUGAAAGAUGUCUUGCACAGUGUGCAUUUUGAAGCCUGCAUUUAUGCUGUGAGCUAUGCUGCUAAGGAACUUCUGUAAGUAAUUAAGAGCUUUUCCAUUUUGCAUUGCUGGAUAACUUUUGGGAGUUAAUGUGUCCCAUGCUGUAUGCUUUCUUUGUAAGUUGUACUUUUGCAAUCAAAUGAUUGUUUUGAGCUAUUUUUACCUGUUUUAUAUCAUAAAGUUUAUUAUGUGUAAAAUCA